AUGACCCUCAACUCGCUCGGCAAGGUCCAGGGCUUCACCCCCCUCCUGCUGGAGGUCCUCGGCUCGGAGCAGGUCCCGGCUCCCCUGCGCAUGAGCGCCGCCAUCAACCUCAAGAACCUCAUCCGCUCGCUCUGGUCGCGCACCCAGCCGGAUCCCCUCGGGCGUGAGAUCGGCCCGGUUGAUCGCGAGGCCCUGCGCGCGCGCAUCGUCCCCGUGGUGACCACCUCGCCGGAGCGCCUGCGCCAGCUGCUCCUGCCGCCGCUGGGUGUGAUGAUCCGCAGCGACUUCCCGGCCAACUGGCCCGGGCUGAUUGGCGACAUCGAGAAGGCCAUGACCGCCGACCACCAGUCGGUCAUCAUCGGCGGCCUGCACGCGCUGUACGCCACCAUGUCCACCUUCCAGUACAAGCAGAACAAGAAGCAGAACCCCAUUCAGGACCUGUUCAACCUGGUGUCCCCCUCCCUGGUGAGCCUCUUCACGGCCUGCAUCGCCAUGGACACCGACGAGGCGGCCACCGCCGUGCGCCUGAUCAUGAAGAUCUACCGCACCACCCUGGUCAUGAACUUCGGCUCGGCCCAGAUUGCCACCUUCCGCCAGUGGUGCGAGCGCAUGUUCCAGCUGAUCCACCGCCCGGUCCCCCCGCAUCCGGACUUCGACUCGCUGCCGACCCAGCACGAGCGCGGCAUGGGCCCCUGGUGGCGUGCCAAGAAGUGGGCCUUGCGCAUCCUCUCCUACGUGUACCAGCGCUAUGUCAAUGCCACCAGCUUCCGCAAUGCCGAGACCCAGGCCUUCGCCAAGGACUUCAACAAGAACAUCCUGCCGCCCCUCCUGUCGGCCGUGCUCAACCAGCUGUCCCUCUAUGGCUCCGGGCAGUUUGUGUCCCCGCGCGUCCUGUGCAUCAGCGUGGAGUUCAUUUCCGAGGCCAUCCGCCUCAACUCCGCCUGGAAGAUCGUGCGCCCGCACUUCGACCAGGUCUUCUCGCAUGUGCUCUUCAAGCUGGUCUGCUUCUCGGACGACGACCAGGAGCUCUGGGAGGACGAUCCCCAUGAGUUCCUCCGCCGGAAGUUCAACUUCGAGCUGGAGUACACCAACCCCUCGACCGCGGCCAUCAGCUGCAUCAACCUGGCCGGGGCCCGGCGCAAGAGCACCCUCAUGCCGAUGCUGCUCUUCUGCAUCGAGCGCCUGAACACCUACCUGGCCGCCUCGCCGGCCGAGCGGAACUACCGCCACAAGGAUGGCGCCCUGUCGGUGAUCUCCACCCUGGCGGAUGUCCUCCUCCGGGAGGAGUCCUUCGCCGGGCAGAUCGAGCACCUGCUGGCCACGCAUGUCCUGCCGGAGGCCGAUAGCCCGGCCCCCUUCCUGCGGGCGCGCAUGCUCAAUGUCCUGCAGGCCUUUGUCCGGGUGAUCAUGAACAAUGCCGAGCUUUCGGCCGCCUCGCUCACCAUCGCGGUCAAUGCCCUGCGCCAGUCGGAGCUCCCGCUCAAGGUCCAGGCCGCCCUGUGCCUGUCGCACCUGAUCAUGUCGGACCAUGUUCAAAACCAAAUCCGCCCCCAUGUGCAGCCCAUCAUCCAGGAGCUGCUGGCCCUGUCGCAGGAGACCGAGCUGUUCGAGAUUUCCGGCGUCAUCCAGACCCUGGUGGAGACCUUCCCCGAGGAGAUUGCCCCCUUCGCGGUGCAGCUCUGCCAGCAGCUAAUCUUCCAGUUCCAGACCAUCAACCGCGAGCUGUCGGAGACCGUGUUCGAUGAGGACAAUGAGGCGGACUUCGAGGCCCACGAGACCAAGUCCAUCGCCGUGCUGAGCACCAUCCAGACCAUCGAGCGUCUGGUCACCUCCAUGAGCGAGAACCCGGAGGCCCUGCACCAGUGCGAGGUGACCCUGCAGCCGCUGCUGCUGGACAUCAUCCAGACGGUCAAUGUGGACUUCCUGACCGAUGCCCUGAACAUCAUUUCGGCCUUCACCUACUUCUCCGAGGGCCGCGUGUCGGAGCUUUCCUGGGCCUACCUGCCGGCCAUGGCCGCUGCCUUCAAUGGCCAGGGCUUCGACUUCUUCAGCGAGAUGGUUGCCCCGCUGGACAACUUCAUUUCCACCAACCCGGCGGACUUCCUGUCCGACCGGAGCCGCCUCAUGACGGUGCUCAGCAUGAUCCACACCGUCCUCGGGGACACCCCCCAGAGCAAGCGCGCCUGUGCCGAGGACCGCAUCAAUGCCUGCCGCCUGCUGGAGACUGUCAUCCAGAACCUGGUCCCGCACCUGGGCUCGGCUUAUGAGGAGCAGUUCCUGGCUCCGGCCAUGCAGCUGGCUCUCAGCACCUUGCAGGGUGCCAAGUCCCCCUCGCUGGCGGUGUCCAGCCUGCUGGUGGUCCUGUCGUCGGUGGUGGUCUGCCCGGCCGGUACCAUGGCUGCCCUGCACACGAAUGGCCACCUGGCGCCCUUCCUGGCGGUGCUUCUGCAGAACAUCAAGCACUUCCACCGUGUCCACGACAAGAAGCUCUGCAUCAUGGCCAUCUGCCAUAUCCUCGGCCUGCCGGCUGAGGCCCUGGCCGUCAUCGAGCCUGCCACCCUGACUGCCCUGGCGUCGGCUCUGGCCUGGAACCUGAAGACCAUGCCGGUUGCCGUGGAGAUGCGCAAGGAGUUCGAGCAGUACAUUGCCGAGGAGCUGGACGAGGGCGAGCUCGACAUGGACUUCGAUGAUGAUGAGGAGUUCGAUGGUGAGGGCGAGAUCGACGAGGACCAGGACCACCCCGGCUACACGGCCGAGGACCAUGCGUACACUCGCGAGCUGGCUGCGCGUGCCGCGCACGCCGGGUCCGCCAUGCAUGACGGCCUGCCGGCCGGUGGUGACGGCGAUGAUGACGAUGACGAGGACUACACCAUCUCCCACCGCACUGUCGACGAUGUCUUCACCUACCUGCCCAGCCUGGAGGAGGAGUUCGAUGUCAAGACCCCGAUUGACCCGGUCAACCCGUAUGCCUUCUUCAGCACGGCCUUCGGCCAGCUGGCCACCAACAACCGCGGCCUUGUGGAAUCGCUGCUUGGCAGCGUGUCCGCCGAGGAGCGCCAGGUCCUGGAGGCUGUCGCCGCCAACCCCGCCGCCCUUGAGGAGGCCUCGAAGUAA